AAUAUGGCAGCUCUAUAGGUGACUACGUUUUUUAUACUUAUUUUCAAUCAGCCACAUGUGUUUUGUUUUUGUUAAAAAAAAAUAUUGAAAAAAUCUAAAACGUAAAACAAAUAUAUUCCUAUUUAAUCGUUAAUAAAGUUGUCGAAAUAAAAAUGGGUAAAGGCAAGAAAGCUUUCAUCGAUCGAAAAAGUGCAGUGACAUUUCAUUUGGUACAUAGAAGUCAGCAUGAUCCCUUAGUUACCGACUCUGAAGCUCCACAACGUGUAUUGGUCGAAGCUGGUGCUCGUCAGCCUAACAAACAAACUACGGAAGUGGAUCCAGUUAAGCGAAAGGAAGAGCAGCAAAAGUAUGGUAUUCGAUUCGACGAUGAUUACGACUAUCUGCAGCAUUUAAAAAAACCAGAUCAAGAGGUCGUUUGGGAAUACGUAGAAAAUCCAAAUCAGGCUAAAAAACGGGUCGAUGAAGGAAAAGUCACCACUGCGCCAAAACUGAACUUGCCUAGUUCUGUUUUUGCCACAGAAUUUGAAGAAGAUGAAGGCAUGUUGAACAAGGCCGCACCUCAACCAGGACCACGUCCAGAUUGGGACCCAGAUGUAGUAGCUGCUUUAGAUGAUGAUUUUGAUUUCGAAAAUGAUGAAAAUGUAUUAGAAGACGACUUUGUAAUGAAGGCUAUGGGCGAUGGAGAGGAUGACGAAGAGGAUGGUUCAUAUGAAUCUGGUGAUGAUGAAAGUGAAGAUUUCGACUCUGACGAUUUGAUGGAUGAUGACGAUGAGUUUGAUGAGGAUGAUGAUGAGCUAAUGGAUCGUUUAGGACCUCUUAUGAGAGAUCGUCGUUUUGCUAACGAAGAAACGAAAUCACAGUUUACUGAAUACUCCAUGUCUUCUAGUGUGAUUAGACGCAACGAACAGCUGUCACUUUUGGAUGAUCGCUUUGAACGCUUCUAUGCCACCUACGAUGAUCCAGAGCUGGGUGACCUUGCCACGGAAGAAAUUGAAGGCACUUGGAAUCAAAAACAUCCCUAUGUAUUAAAUUGCUUUAAGCAAUUCAAAAAACCAGAUCAAAUUAUUGACUACAAUAAACAAUGGGAUCAGAAACGUAUCGAAAAAUAUAGAAACGUGGUUGAGGGCGAUAAUGAUCCCAAUGAGGAAUUAGUCGAAGUUGAAGUCGACGAUCCUAAGGAGAAGAAAUGGGAUUGUGAAUCAAUUCUCUCAACAUGUUCCAACAUUUACAAUCAUCCAAAAUUGAUUGAUGAACCCAGACGUAGAAGUCGCAAUACCUCUUGUUCGUCAUCUAAUCCACAAGGAGUACAGAAAAUCGAUAUAGAUCCUAAAACAGGCAUGCCGUUAAAUGUCUUGCAUGGCGAUACCAAUCAACUAACCGCAAAAGCUUUGGCCAAACUCGAUAACAGCGCAGACAGCAACGGUAUUUCGGGGCCCAAAUCGCUUUGUGCCAAAUCAGUGCUAUCUACUUUAAGUGUGUUGUCUAUAAGACCAAAAGAUGAGACGCUAGAGGAAAAGAAGGAACGCAAGCGGCUACUCAAAGAAUACCGCCUUGAAAGACGUAUCGAGAAAAAGGCCAAUGCUGAGGCAUUCAAAGAGGAAAAGAAACGUCAAACACAUGUUAAACUGAACCAGCGAUUAAACCAACAAGGAAAUAAAAUUUUGUAGUUACAUACACACAUACCAUCAUUUAGAAUUUUAAGAACUAUUUUGUAUAAUUUCGUACAUAUGUACAUACAUGUUGUAAUGUAAAUACAGAGAGUAAAACUAAAGAA